AUGGCUCUUACUAAAAUGAAAAAUGAUAAAUUAAACGUUUCAGUAAUGGAAUGUGGUAAUUUAAUAACAAAUUUUUCAUUAGGAAAUCAAGAUUUAAAAAUUCAACGUAGAGAUAAAUUAUUUAGAAUAUUUACCGGGUCUAUUGAAAAUGUUAAUUUAUGGUCGAAAUUAAAAAAUCAAUUCGAAAUAAUAUUUGAAUUAAUAGGAAUCGUGAUAUAUCAAAUUGGUCGUUGGAAUUGUGAAAAAAUUAUUAAUCUGUGUGACUCUAAAACUGGAAGAUUGAUUACUCGAAAUCAUUUUCAAGCUUUUAAAAUAAAUAUAGUUUCUGAGGAAGAAAAAAAUGACUGUCAAAGAAUUUCAUAUAUUUGUAAAAAAGUAGCUGAUGAAAUUAAUAAUUUAUCUAUUAGAAAAUCUUAA